UUCUUUUCUCAACCAACCAUGUCGCGCUUGCCGAUCGAACUUCGCUUUGAGGGCUCCCAAACGUUCUCCGCGCGAAUGUGGAAAAUACCUGGUGUUGAUGGCCCCUUUACAGCCUUGCAAACCGUCGAGCAUGAUCUCACCAUUGCGUCAAACUCCGUGUUCAUCAACCAUUACACGGGCUACAACAAGACAGUAGUCAGGCUUGACGAGGCAAAAAGAUGGGGAUUUGUUGAAGAUUCGCGCCUCAUCUUCGCGCGUGCGAGAGCACCAAACGGCCAGCUGUUCUGCCUAAGGUUCAUUUUCCACGCGGACCGGGUGGCGCGCAAAGGGGACCCGACACGAAAUCACCGAUUCAUACGUGCGCUCAUCGACGACACCAAGUUCUAUCUCGAGAAUCUUCGAAUGGUGGCGGGGGUACUGGUGCCACAGAACUACGGCAUGUGGGUUAUGGACACGGGCGACUGGGCGGGGAAAGUGCUAUUCAGCCUCACAGAGUGGUGCGGGAUUCCCUGGAAGACUCUAAUUGGGACCAAACUCGAUACGAAGGCUAACCGACAACUUGUGGCAAGGACCUUCGAGAUGUUCCACGACCUCGGCAUCAAGAUCAAUGGCAAAUGUCAUAUGGGAAAUAGCGGAGACUUCACGCAUGUCCUCCUUGACGUCGAAGACCCCUCCCUCACGUCCGAGAUGGCAGCAUCCGGCCAGGCGCGCUGUUUCAUUGUUGACUUCGCAUACGCAAAGCGACAUAAAUGCAAACGUGUUCUGCCGCUCGUCUCUCUCGGCAACGACGCGUUUGACCUCCUCGUAGUGUCGUUGAAGCACAGAAUGUGUUGCGACGAGCUGGAGAAUAUUGCGUUCCUGCUCAGGUUGAUGCCCGCUCCGCCGUAUAAAACUGAUCCACCGGAAACACCAAUCGAGGAAGCAAUGAAAUGGCACGCUGAUUAUUCUGCGGCACAUCCCUCGUACCCUAAUUCGGUCGUCCUCAUUGCGCAACGUGCCGCACUCUUCCCCAGCUCCCUGCCACUCUACCCCGGCCUCGAGGUUUCCGGUCCAACGAAAGAAAACUUGGAUGCGGAGCUCACGUUAUACGAUAGGGGUCAGGGUUUUAUCAAUCCUGCUAGAUUCCUCAAGUCUUUCUCGCGUGAAGACUACGAGUAUCUUUUAUGGGGAGACAAGUUGGAAGUGAAGCCUGCUGCAUUGAAUGCACAACCCCCAACGGAGUGGCCCGAAUCCACUGACAGUGACUCUGAUGACGAUGGUACGAGUGAGUGGAGCGACUGA